CCAGAACAACUUGUUCGUGUGUAGAAUUUGUAAAGCGAAAACUUAUUCAGUCAUCAUUACACACUGCACAAAACAAAGAACCGUUUAAAAUCGUUCUAUAAUAUAUCCAUGGUGAUGGAAGUCAGUGGUUGGUUUGUGGUGCUUUGUUUAAUUGUACAGCUCAGACAAGCCAUAUGUGCAUAUUGCGGGAGCUCUUACUAUGACCCUUCAGACAAUACCUGUUGUAACGGAGUCUUGACAUCUUCUAAAAACCAACAAUGUUGUGGAAAGAAAGGCUACAAGCCACCUUAUGAAACUUGCUGCAACGGAGUUGUUAACUCUCCAGGCGGCAGCCAUUGCUGUGGAUACAAAGCAUACACACCUCCAUAUAAAACAUGUUGCAAUGGUAAACUGAACGCUCCAGGUGGAACUUACUGCUGUGGAAAAAAGGCGUACACACCACCAUAUUUAGUCUGCUGUAACGGAGUUCUUAACACACCAGGUAAAAAACUUUGCUGUGAUAAAAAGACAUAUGAUCCGGACAAUGAAACGUGUUGCUAUGGAAAGUUACACCCUCGACACGGACUUUGCUGCGGAACUGUUAUUUAUAAUCCGGAAGAACAAAUAUGUUGUCGUGGAAUUGUGCAUACAAACAAACACAGAUGUUGUGGAACAGAAUCAUAUAAUCCGUAUUCUGAGCAAUGUUGCUAUGGCAGACAUGUCAAAACACGUGGCUUUUGUUAAAAAAUAAAAACUUUGGAAAUUAAUCGUAUUUAUAAUCAUAGUUCUCGUUGAAACAUAUAAAAACUAUUGAAAAUUAUUUUAUUGAUAUAAAAAAAUGUAAGAAAAGGUCUAAAGAAUAUCAAAGUACGUACGCUAUGAGAACUCGGAUGACCCCAACAUCUGAUUGCUUGUAAGAAAAUAAUACAGAUAUCAAUCUCCAUGUAGACUAACUUGCAGUUGUUUCAAUGUUUUGCGUCCAUUGUCAAAUAGUUAAUAAUAGUUAAUAGUUUUUCGAACUAUAACCAUUUCUGCAGUUAGAAGGUUGUAUGGAAUACAGUGAAUCGAGAGAACAUGUAUAACAUGUGCAUAAGAACUGAGAGGAUAAACUUUAUUUUCAACAACUUUUACACGAUUUCAAAAUUAUAUAUUAAAAAGUAAUGGGUCUUUCGAACCUUAAAUCUUUACUUUUAUUGGUAUAUU